AUGAUGAAGUAAACAUCCAUCAAAGUUGAUUUAUUUCUUUUCAUCUAGUAAUACUAUGCGAAUCCUUACUGUGUAUUCACCUCUAAAAUUUCAUAAGAGAAGCAGAGAAAGCUAAAAACAGCAGAUCAUCAUCAUUUAAUUCCAGCACAAAUAUUAGAGGAUUAGUCUGCUUUCUUGUCUAGAGCAUUUUUAAUUAGAUAUUGCGAAGAAGAGGUUGAGAUUAAUGAUAUCGGUUUGUUCAGAGCGGAAAUUGAUGUCGAACCAGAAUAUCUAAACACAACCUUCAAUAUGGAUGUUGAGCUGUUUUUCUCUGAUUUAAGUGCACUAGGAGGACCAGAUAAAUGGCAAUAAAAUAUUUAGGACAUUGAGUCUAAAGCAGUUUUCAAGUCUGUUUCUAUGCAGAAGUUUAAAAUACACAAACUUGCUUAGGGUAUGUCAGAAUUUGUACCAAUAAUAUUCGAGGAUUAAUACUAUGCAAGUCUAAAUUGUUUAGUAGAGGCUACUCUAUUAGAUUUCAGAUUUAGAGUGAGACAAUUUAAAAAUAUACAAAGUGACAUUGCGUCGUUUUAAGAGCGUGGAAUUCUUGUCAGAACUCAAGAUGGGAACAAGAAGUAAGAUAUGACAGGAAAAAUGAAGCAGACUAAGGAUGAUCAAGAUGUUUUGAUGACUUAAAUACCAGCUGAUACAAAUGGUGUGUAAAACAGUCAAUGGAAUUUCAAGCCUAAUAAUGUUGCUGAAUUUUUCUUUGCUGAUGAUUCUGGUGAAAUGCCUAAAGAGUUAAAUAUGAAGGAAGUUGAUCUACUCUAUAAUGAUUAUAUCAGAGUAAUGACUUGUAUGCAUGAGAGACUUAGGAAUUAGUACAAUACCUAUGUUACUAAAUUUAUGGAUGAAAAUCAGAGAAGAGAGAAUGGUAUUGAGCCAGAAACGCAAAGAUUAAUUUUACCAGGGGAAGAUGAAGACUUGUCUAAAAUGUUCGAAUAGAGCAAAGGGGCUGAAGAUGAAGAAAUAAAAGAGGAAAAGUUCUUUGGGUAAGGAAUGAUGGGAUAACCUUAGAAGAAUGGUGAUAAUAACACUAUUCAUCAAAUAAAUAGAAAUGGUUAAAUUUUAAGAGACGAGGAUGGAGUAAAUGAAAGUUAAUACAAUAUAGAUGAUACAAAUGAAUCAUUCAGCGAAAGAAAGAAUUAGACAAAUAUUCCAAGCUUGAAAAAUAACAAAAAUGCAAUGAAUAAAGCUACUAAGCCAUUCUCAGAGAGAUUAUUAAGCGGUGAAAUGAAAAUAGAUCCUAAUGAUCCUCUAGCUGUAGCCAAUUAAAUGAUUCUUGAAAUUAACCUUCUAGCAGGAAAAAUGCUUAUUCUCCAGCAUAAACUAAUUGAUGCAUUAAAAAUUAGUCCCAGAUUUGUCACUGAGCAUCAUCAUUUCGAGUUCAAAGAGAAGAUGAGGGAUAAAUGGGGUGAAAGCAUUUUUAGAGAAGUAGUCCCAACUUGUGAUUUCUCUGUCCCAAGUGAGGAGAAUAUUGGAGAAACUCACAAGAAGAUCGCAAAAACUAGAAGAGCAAAUUUGCUCUACCAGGAUAACGACUAACUUAAAAGCAUCCAUCCAAUUAUUUUUGAAGAAUGCUACGUAAAGGAUGAUGAUCAAAACUUUGUAAAAAUUGUAAAAAAUAGUGCCGAUUUAACUGAGCAAAAACUACUUAUGAUGCAUUUAUUUGUAUUGGUGCAUGGCUUCCAAGGUAACUCUUGUGAUAUGAGACUAUUGAAAAACAAUCUAUCUCUUAUGCAUCCAGAUGCGAUAUUUUUAUCAAGUACUUGUAAUGAGGAUUAAACUGAGGGAGAUAUAUUCGAAAUGGGAGAGAGACUGGCAAACGAAAUAAAGCAAUACAUUUAGUCCUUCUGUCCAGUUUCUUGCCUUGCAAGAAUCAGCUUUAUUGGGCAUUCACUUGGUGGCCUUAUUAUUAGGGCAUCUUUGUAACACUUGGAAGAAUUCAAAGACAAAUUCUAUUCAUACAUGUCUCUUUCCUCUCCACAUCUAGGCUAUAUGUACAACUCAAAUAAACUAUUUGAUGCAGGUAUGUGGUUCCUUAAGAAAUGGAGAAAAUCAAAGUGUCUUCAGCAACUUAGUAUGACCGACGCCAAAAAUAUGGAGGAUACAAUAAUUUACAAGCUGUCAUGUGCAAAGGGUUUAUAAUGGUUUAAAAAUGUUGCCUUAGUGAGUUCAUAUUAGGAUUAAUAUGCGCCAUUUGAUUCAGCUAGAAUUCAGAUUUGCAAAAGAGCAAACGAUGACGCAAAGAAAGGAAACGUAUAUAUUAAAAUGGCUUAAAAUGUGCUUGAAAAUUUGUCUACCAGGUUGCUAUACAGACUUGACGUCAACUUCAAAAUCAAUGAUAAAAAUCUCGAUUCAUUUAUCGGUCGAACAGCACAUAUAUAAUUUUUAGAAUGCUAGCCACUAAUGAAAAUGAUUGUUUAUCGUUAUAGAGAGUUUUUCUCUUGA